CCGCGUCGGGUGUGCGCCUGCCUUAACACUAACCCGCGGAUUCUGUGCCCGCGACCCGUUACGUUCGCACGUUAGUUUACCACAGUGUAAUGAAGUUGCAUUGAUUUGGGACUAUUCGAAAAUGGAAAUCAGUGCUAUGCCACCUAUGCCUUUGGACUUUUCUAUGGUGCGAAACGGCGGCACUUCGCCGGGCGGUCUGAGGGAGAACUCUCCCCGGUCUGUGUCAAACAGCGCUUUCAGAGUCGUCACGCCGAAAGGUGUAUCAGCCAGUGAAGCGCUCAGGAAUGGCAUCUGUCAGUCGCUAUGGGCUCCAGCGACGCGGCCCGAGCCUUCUCCCCACCAGCAUAUGGAUUCUUACACUGUUAGAGACGACAUCAAGUUCGGCAUAAACCGGCUAGUCGGUGAAAGGACAGACGAAGAAGACAACGAGUCACACCACAACGAGACGUCAAGAGCUGAAGACAUCUCACCCACCUCAAGAUGCGGCAGCCCAUGCUGGGCGCCAUCCUCCCACUCUCCCCGCUCAGUCCGCUCCACAUCCCCCGAACUUGAAGUCGACUCUCCCCCAUCUUCCCCCAGAAGAAUACCAGACUCAUCCCCACCUUUAAAAAGGUCUGAAGCGUUUUCAGUCAGCGCCUUAUUAAGACCAGACGCUCCGAGAGUUCAACCUCAAAGGCCAUUUCUGUACCCACCGUUGCCUUUCACGGAAUUCCUCAGAGACGCUGGUAGCCUUGGUCUACCAGGAUGGGGGAGUUACAGUAACUUAUACCUGCACGCAGUACAAGCCGCUGGGCCAGAGUUGUUGAGACUGAGGGCAGCAGUGUUGGGAGCUCCGAGUCCUCUAUCCAGACCUCUGCCGAUUGGCGAUGUGUACUCUUGCGUCAAGUGUGAGAAGAUGUUUAGUACUCCACAUGGACUGGAAGUGCACGCCAGAAGGUCUCACAACGGGAAGAGGCCGUUCGCUUGUGAACUGUGUAGCAAGACUUUUGGACACGAGAUCAGUCUUAGUCAGCAUAGGGCUGUCCACAGCGUAGAGAAAGUGUUCGAAUGCAAGCAGUGUGGCAAGACGUUCAAGCGUUCCAGUACGCUGUCCACUCACCUACUCAUCCACUCGGACACCAGACCCUACCCGUGCCAGUACUGCGGGAAACGGUUCCACCAGAAGUCGGACAUGAAGAAACACACUUACAUUCACACAGGCGAAAAACCUCACAAAUGUCAAGUAUGCGGCAAGGCAUUCAGUCAGAGCUCCAACCUGAUCACCCAUUCGCGCAAGCACACCGGCUUCAAGCCGUUCGCCUGUGACUUAUGCGGGCGGGCCUUCCAGAGGAAAGUGGACUUGCGACGUCAUCGGGAGACGCAGCAUGCGGAUUUGAGGCCGCCACAGCAUAUGCAACCACCGCAUACUGACGUGCAUGGAAUGCAUCCUCCUGAAAUGCAUGUCGGAGAUCGGAUAGAUAUGCGUCCCCCGCACCCCGAUCUUCGUCAGCCUGACUACAGAAUGAGCAGUGCAGUGCCCCCCCUCCAACCGCUCCCCUCCUGAACCUCAACUGCCUUCGCGCCCUGGCGCUAAGGCAUUAUCUACUCUUAUUGUAAGUGUUUGUAACACCUUGAUAACGUUUAGAUCGUACUACGGGUGUAAUGUAUUUUGUGAUACCUUACAAAAACUGAGGGCCUAGCCAAGUUACACAUGAAUUCUGUUUCUACAAACGUUAUCGUUUCAAAAACUCAUACAUUUAUGCGCAUUACAAUCGAUGUCACGUGGUCAACCUAUCAAUCAAAGAUUUUAGUACUUUAGCAUUUUUAGAAACAGAAAAAAUAUUUGCCAUAUUUUUAAAUGUGACCAAUAUCUCCAUUCCCUCCAGCUAGUCGGAAAAGACCGUAUUAGGAGUGUGUGCGACAAUAGUCCAAUGGGAAGGGGAUGGAACUACAACCCCUCGGCGAUGAGUCCGAGUUCCGAUCGCUUUAGCGUUGAGUUAUUGAAGCUUAUAUUAAGUCAUGUGUAACUUGACUACAUGGUGGUGGCCCUGGUGAGUUAAGUGCCAUUCCAAACCACUUGUAAGCUAAAAUAUGAUAAUUAUCCCAACUUAAUAAAAAUAUAAGAAUGUAAUACCAAAGACACUAGUCUGAUUUAGUGGAUUUUAUGUUUAAGUACAAAGUUUACACUAGCAUUACAUUAUAUAAAAAUAGUUUUGAGUCGUGUAAAUUUUGUGUAAACUUCAUAAAUAUUUUAUUUUAAUGUUAUUAGUUUGGUCAAAACCAUGUAUCAUUUUAGUUUAUUUUGUUAAUUAAUUAAACCAGUGAACUUAUUUAAUUUUUUAACCGACUUCAAAAAAAGGUGGAGGUUAUCAAUUCGUCGGAUUUUUUUUUUAUUAUUAUAUUAUGAAGCAUGGGUAUUACGUUAACCAAAGACUUAGUCUAAAAAACAUAAUAAUGUAAUUAAUUUAGUUUCUCUAUAAUUUUCUGAAUCCUUUUUAGAAAUGUAAAAUGUUCCAUUUAGAUAAUAAUGUAAAUUAUAAAAAAGUCGUAAAUUAUUUUGAAAAUUUUAUGUGAGUUAUUGAUCUCAGUGUUAAAGCACUUGCAGUUUAUUGUUAUCAUUUACUAUUUAUAAUUAAAAAUUUUGGACAUAAGAUUGAACUGAUCAUGAAAGGUAAAAUUAUCACAUCGUAAAUUAAACGAUUAUAAAAGUAUUUAAGUAACUUUUAUUUUUAUUUUGUACAUUUCCAAUUAUUAUGUAAGGAGAUGGCAUUCCGAGUAAUGUUUGGUCCAUAAUAAAUAUUUAAAUUUUUACUUGGAAAAUAUUCCAAUGUUAAAAUAGUUUCGUCAUAAAUUCCAUAUUAAUCAUUCCAAAGAUUAACUAAAGAAUAGUUUUGACUUACAUACGAGUGAAUAGAGUUUGUUUAAAACAUUCCAAAAUAAAUUCACAAAAAAGUAGGUAUUUUAGUGAUUUUGGACAAAAAAAAUCUAUUUUUAGAUUUUGAAAUUAGACAGAAAUAUCCCUGUAUAAAAAAAUUAAAUAGUUUUUAAAAUUCUAAUAAGCCAAAUAUAUUGCUUCUGUAAAUUAUUAUUGAUGCCAUAAAUGAAAAUAUUAAGGUAAUAUUUACAUUUUUCCUUUGCCACUAUUAGCGUAGGUAACCUAAAGUUACAGAAUAUACUUAUUAUGUAUCAUUGUAUUAUAUGUAAUUGUAAUAAAAUGCCGAAAUAUGCUUGUAAAUAAGCCCACGUUACUGUGUCUCUUUGAUUUGUACAGUGAACAUUGUGAAAUCCCUUAAGCCAAAAAUAAUAGAUAGGCAAUUACUGUAAAUAAAUUUUACCAACUAUAAACUAUUUGAGUUUUAUACGUAAAAUUGUAUACGAUAUACUUUAUUUUAUUGUGACUAAAAUAAAUAAUGUAUCAAGAAUUAAUGUGUCAAUUUAAUCACUCUUAGUACAUAAAUCUAAACAAACAUUCAAAAUUUGUGGAACUAGUUAGUUAUGGUUAUACAUUAUCAAUAAAAAAAGCUUCAGUUUAGUAGUUCAAAAAAUAUUUGUUUUGUUACAAUCAACGAUAUCUAUAACUAUUUAAAAAUAACUAAGUAAAUUUAUAAUAUUUACAAUUGUAAAUCAUUUCAAUGUUCGUUCCGUAAUUUCUUCAUUGUUUUAAUUAUAAGAUGUUUGUAUGUAAUAUAAAUGUAUAUUUAGAAUAUAUAAAUAUUUAAUGUAUCGAGAUUUUAAAACAAAUUUAGUACAAUGUUAUUGUGUAAUUUGUGUAAAUAUUGUAAAAGAUUGUGUAAGUGUAAACAAAACCCAAAGACGAACGUGCAAU